AUGAGCACAAACCAUCGAAAACGCAAAUACCGUGGCACGGCGCGAUCUCACAACUCGUACUCAGGUUCAAAAUCUCAGCAGCACAUUGAACCGUUUCUGAGUCACCAUGAAGCAUAUCUCAACCAGCAACAGAUCUCAAGCUCGACUGCAUGGGGAGUUGACCUUGAUAUUUCUUAUCGUGGCGAGUUGACUCCAGCUACACAUCCACAACCCGACCCCCUGCAAGCACUAUAUAUCCAGGCACAUGAAGCAAAUAUUGUAAAGGGGUCCAGCGCAAAAAUUGCAGCACAGUCGUUAGAGGUAGUGGAGUAUCACACCGUUCCGUUGCCUCUUGGGACAGUUGUCUCUGAGUCUCAACUAUCUGCAGCUCCCGUCGUUAUCACUCCCAAGGUUGGGACUGCUCUGAUUGAGUUGGGCGACGGCAAUGUGCGGCAGGGUGAGGUAGAGAGAAAAUCUCCUGGUGCAGCUGGUGGCCUUGUACAUUCGGCAUUGGUGGUUGUCGACGAUGACAUCGACUACGUCGAUUCUUCUGCCUUGUUGCCAGAAAAGUCACCAUCAUCGAUAUGGGUUGACAGGUACGAUAUCCGUCUCCUCCUCAAUAACACUAGACCAUUUCCCCCCCUUUCUCCCGAAAAGCUACCACCUGCAUCCCCAACAGGUUUCUCCGACCUUCCCUCAGACGCUGAAGAUACCUUCUUUUUCUCCUCCACUGAGGUGGAAGAUUUUAGGCGGGAAAAGCGUCGGCGGGUAAUGGAGCGUACAAGGGAUGAGCGAGUAAAGGCGCGUAUGCAGGAAGAGGGGUAUGAAGACAGACUUGGAAAUAACAAAGAAGAGGAGGAUAUAUGGGGUGGGAGUGACGAAGAGCCCGACCAAACACAACAGGAUCUUAUGGAGCGAACCGCCAUGCAUAUUGCCUCUUCACCGAACGCAGCUCAACUUGAAAUGCGCAUACUUGCCAACUAUGGGGCGGAUAAGCGAUUCGCGUUUCUCCGUGGACGGUGGAAGCGCGCAUGGGGAUUAGCAAAGGCUAAAGCCCGGAUCAAGUUGAAAAAAAAGGUGGAGGACAAGCAGAAGGAGCCUGAAUCCACGGGGGUAUUAGCUCUGGCAGGUUAUGGAAGUGACUCACAGGAAGAUGAUGAUGAGCCUGUGGCAGAGCAGGUAAUAUCAUUCGUUUCUCCUCCAUCCCUUCUUCCCUCCUCAGCACCGCCUGUUGACCCCGAUGUGUCUCAUUCUUCAAAAGUGCAAAGCACUAGUAGCGUCGAUGCAGAUGUAGAGAAGGAGGAACAGGCAAAAGAAGCUCGACGUAGGCGGCUGAAGGCAUGGGCAGCGCAACGUAAGGCAGGUAGCAGCGGCUAG